AUGGCAAACUAUGAUCAAGACAAAACAGGAAAGCACAAACCCACUGCAAGGAAAGCAGAGCAAAAAAACCUUGUUGCACAAGAAGACUCUUUGUUCCUAAAGAUAAAAUGGAAAGUACACCCACAGUCACCUCAGAAGGUUUAUCUAAAUUUCUUUUUUUUUGGUGGAUUAAAUCCAGAUUUGUUGGGAAGUCAUCAUGACUAUGUAUGUAUUCAUAACUUAUAUAUUUUAUGCUUUAUUGCAGACAAAAUCAAGGAUUCCAAAAUCAUCUUUGUUGUGGGUGGACCUGGCUCAGGAAAGGGCACCCAGUGUGAGAAGAUAGUUGCAAAGUAUGGCUACACUCACUUGUCUUCUGGAGAUCUGCUGAGAGCUGAGGUAGCCUCUGGCUCUGACAGGGGCAAGCAGCUCCAGGCCAUAAUGGAGAAAGGGGAGCUUGUACCCCUAGACACCGUCUUGGACAUGAUUAAGGAUGCCAUGAUUGCCAAGGCUGAUGUCUCUAAGGGCUUUCUCAUUGAUGGCUAUCCUCGUGAGGUCAAGCAGGGAGAGGAGUUUGAGAAGAAGAUUGGCAAACCCUGCCUCUUGCUGUACGUCGACGCAAAAGCAGAAACCAUGGUUAAGAGGCUCUUGAAGCGUGGCGAGACCAGCGGUCGCUCUGACGACAAUGAAGAGACCAUCAAGAAACGCUUGGACUUGUAUUACAAAGCAACUGAGCCAGUCAUUGCUUUCUAUGAGAGCCGUGGCAUUGUGAGGAAGGUGGACUCUGAACUGCCCGUGGAUGAUGUCUUUGCCCAGGUUUCCAAGGCUAUUGAUGCACUGUAGUAAAACAACAUGACUGGAUGAGCUGUGUCUGGAUGUUGUUUUCCUUUAAAUUUAUGUGUGGAGUUUUCAAGGACAAACAUAACUGGAGAAUGAGUAAAAGAUUUAGUCUUUCAUCAGACUACUCUAUUCAGAAAAAAAA